GCGAUUUCAUGUAAUAUUGUAGCAGGAAUGUAAUAUUGUAGCAGUUCCUGAACGCCUGAAGAUGAGAGAAUCAAAAUACCUGAAAAAAAUGAUCAUAGACACUGAUAAAACCUUCAAAACUAAUGAGAUGCGGAAAUUUGCUGACAAAGUCCUCAAUAUCCAAAAUUACACAAUGGAUGACAUCAUCGCAGCAUUCUACAAGAUAGCAAUCUCCAAUGACAAAGAUUUUGAAAAGUUCCUCAAGUCUUUCCAUGACUUAUGUCUUAAGUGUCCAUAUCCAUCAGCCAUUGCUUGCAUCGCCAAGUUCCUGUGCUUAGAACUCAAGCCAUUCGAGUUUCGUGAGAAAAUAUCAAAGCUGAUUUGUGAGGACUCAAAUAAGAAGAUUGAAACUUACGAUGAAAGAUUGGAUGACUUGAAAAAUAAUGUGGACAUUAUUAUACUUGUAGCUGCUGAGUUCUAUAACUAUGAUAUCAUUAGCUGUCAAGCCUUUGUGUCUGUUCUAGAGAAAUUGGCAUUGAAUUUGAAAACAACAACGCGAAUUUUCAUUUUUCAUCUUUUCUUAUUCACAGCAGCACUAAAGUUAAUCCACACAGGCGAUGGAUGUGAUUUACAGACAGUCUAUCACCAUUUUAAGAAUAAACCAACCAAAACCAUGAAACGUGAGCUGUUCCGUAGAUUUAAAGAAUUCCAAGAUCAUUUCACGACUGUAUUUGAGCUGUCAGUAGCGACUGUCAAGGAAAGUCAAAAGAAGUUUAACUUUUCGUACAUUAUGGACAGUUUAAAUGAAAAGAAUUUCGAUAGUUCUAUUUAG